AUGGCUAAGGAUACGACUCUGCCAGCGCAGUCAGUUACGGAGCUCAAUGCCUGCGUGACGACCUCCUCGCACCGUCCUGUCAAGGACACCACGUUCCGGGAGUGGGUGGUUUCGAAUCAGAUCGGCAUAUCCUUGACAACCCUUUCCAUGCUAUUGGCCGUCCACCACCUAUACCCUUCUCUCUCGCCCUACACCACGCCGUUCUUCCAGCUGUCGUACUAUCAACCUUCGCAGGGGGUAUACAUCCAGGGCUGGGAUGAUAUCUACUUCGUUAUAAGCUCCGUCUUUGCGUUCACCGCGAUUCGUGCCAUCGCGAUGGAGUGGGUGUUUUGGCCAUUGGCGCGAUGGUCUGGAUUGAAGAGAAAAGCAUCGAUUCGACUCGCGGAGCAGGGCUGGAUGUGGCUAUACUACGCCGUCUUCUGGACCGUUGGAAUGUACAUUUGGUCGCAAUCGGACUACUGGAUGGACUUUAAGGCUAUCUGGGCUCAUUGGCCCGCGCGUGGUGUCUCGGGUCUGAUGAAGUGGUACCUCCUUGCGCAGCUUGCGUUCUGGGUCCAGCAGAUCUUCGUUAUUAACAUUGAGGAGCGGAGAAAGGAUCACUACCAGAUGUUGACCCAUCAUUUCAUCACCAGCUGUCUUCUCACCUCUGCCUAUGUUUACGGCUUCUAUAACGUCUCUAAUGUGGUGCUCAACCUGAUGGACAUCGUGGAUUUAUUGCUGCCGACUGCAAAAAUCCUCAAGUACUUGAAAUUUGAAAUGUCCUGCAACAUCGCUUUUGGAGUGUUUAUGGUGGUCUGGGCCAUUUCACGCCAUAUCAUGUACCCAUUGCUCUGCUGGUCCAUCUUCAAGGAUGUACCCGCUGUUAUGCCUUGGGGCUGCUACUCCGGUGCCACAGGCGAGCUGAUCUCAACCAACGGUUAUCCUGACAGAGUGAUGCACCUCUUCUCCCCGUUCUUGAACAUCGACGGCCCCAUUUGCAUGAACCGCACGAUCAAAUGGAUUUUCCUCUCGUCUCUGCUGGCGCUCCAGGUUCUGUCCAUUAUCUGGUUCAGCAUGGUCAUUCGAGUGGCCAUAGGCGUCCUCCGAACCGGCAAUGCAGAAGAUACUCGCAGUGACAGUGAAGAGAAGGACGAAGAAGAAGUAGAUCCCAAAAGCGCCGCUAAUGGCAAUGCCAUCGCAGCGGAGGUCUCAAGCGCUGAAUGGCGUCGAAACGGACCAUCCUCCACUCGGUCUCGCCGAAGCGAUCGCAAGGCACUCCUCGGACGAAUCGGAUGCGACACCCGCACCUAACUAUAUCACCUGGAUUCAAACGUCCCGUCUAGUUAACGCCAUCAUGCUGUGGAUGCCGAUAUUGCACAUCUGAUGAACCGAAAAUAUGAAUACAUGAAACUAUUCGUACCUAAAUGUCGUGUUCUGAAAAUUUAUAUCGUCACGUUUGAUACCACGCAUCUCGUCUUGA